UGCACAGCGUCGGUGGUGAAUACACGUUUUUCGUGUGCGUCGCAAUUGCGUCCUCCGUGGAAGUUUGUCUGUAGUGAAGCCAUCUUUUGAGGCUUUUGCAAUGCGACACACAUUUUGUGCCCAUAGGUCUUUUGAUAGCGAUAGUUUUCCGAGAUAUUAAACGAUUCCUCCAUGUGGGAAAAUUGCUGCUGGCUUUGUCCAAUAUGUGUGUGAUUGUUGAAUGUGGAUGCGUUAUUGAGUUAACCGAGAGAACAACAGGCAACCGAUCGAAAGGAAAAGCUCCAAACGGAUACCGUUAAGAUACACUGAAGAUACUUACAUACGGAACGUCACGAAGGAGCGUCAUCAACAUCCGUGGGAAAUCACCAUCCCUAUUUACCUGACAAACGAAGUGUGAUUACACCUUACAAACCAGUGAACGGUGUUGCUCUGUUCCCUUUCCGAAGCUGUUGCAUCUCGGCAAUUGCGUGAACGAGUGAGUUGAGUGUGCGCACAUCUGCAGCACCCGUAUAUAUGUAUAAGUACGCGCGUGUGUGAAGUAUGCUAGUGUUGCUGUGUAGUUAUCGUAUAUGGUAUGUUUGAGCGAGAUUGUGCGAAUGUUUGCUAAAGGCCGGCGCGAACAAGGAGGAAAGAUUUUAAAAGAAACCGCGAAUCUCAGAUGACCCGUGGUGUCCUCAGGAUCGUUUCUUUCCACCUAAGCACGUGUAUGUAUGUAUGCUAUAGACAAUCCACUUCCUUACGGUCUACGGAUACAAAAUACAGCAAUUGAAAAGGACAUUACUCCGAUUGGAGAGUGUACCCGGCGAUCUUCAAACGAGAGAACAAGACUGACGAUAAGCAUCACCUAUCGUUUACUCGAUAGAGAUUCCCCAAAUUCCGUGCAUCCUUUCAAACAACCAAACGACCAACAAACCACCUACUGCUACCAGCGCCAUCACCAUCUCGUCCGUCAUCGGAACCAUAGAUUGAUCGUGUCCUGCCGAGGGUUGAAUGCGGAAGGAUGAAUGCGUAACCAAGGACGACGACAAGCAAAUCAACAAUCGCGACUGGUGUGAGAAUGUGUUUGUGUGAGGGAGCAGCAAACAACAAGAGUGCAAGGAAAGAGUGAACGCGAUCAUAUUAAGUGCAUUUUGUAAAGAAAGCUGCUGCAACUUCCUGUCCGCGGGACGGGCUGUUUUAAAGAGAGAACGUAAAAGAACCAUUAAACACCCAAACGUUUUAGUUGAUAGAAACCACCAAGUGGUGUUGUACAUGUGCAACUAUUUUUUUUGGAUAGGGAAGUGAAACCUUUUUUUUGGUGUGCGUGACUGUGUGUGAAAAGCGUGUUUAAAGGACCAUCGAGGAGAAGAGUAAUUGUUAUCGGCGCUACAAGCUGAUUCUUGGGUGUCGGAGGCUUUAGCCUAGUAAUUGAACGCGGCAAUAUCAGCGAGUUAUCGACUGUACCAGCAGGCAACGAUGGCACUUCCGAUGAUACGCCUCGAGGAGGCGAACCAGCUAUUGGACUUUUCGAAAAAACUAGACAUUGAUCUGCUAGACAAUAUCGUCUCAUGCUUGUACAACAGCACUGGCGAGCAGCUGCGGCUGGCUCAAACCGUUUUGACUACACUGAAGGAACAUCCGGAUGCGUGGACACGUGUGGACAGCAUACUGGAGUUUUCACAGAACCAGCAAACGAAGUUCUACGCCCUGCAGAUCCUGGAAGAAGUGAUCAAGACGCGCUGGAAAAUUCUGCCCCGCAACCAGUGCGAAGGCAUCAAAAAGUACGUAGUAGGGCUAAUCAUCAAAACGUCACAGGAUCCUGCAAUGAUGGAAGCGAACAAGGUGUACCUGAACAAGCUGAACAUCAUCUUGGUACAGAUACUGAAGCGCGAGUGGCCAAACAACUGGGAAACGUUCAUCAGUGACAUCGUUGGUGCAUCGAAGACGAACGAAACGUUGUGCCAGAACAAUAUGAUCAUAUUAAAGCUGUUAAGCGAAGAGGUGUUCGACUUCUGUUCCGGUCAGAUCACGCAAACGAAAGCCAAGCACCUGAAGGAUACCAUGUGUUCGGAGUUUGCUCAAGUCUUCACGCUGUGCCAGUUCGUGCUAGAGAACUCGCUGAAUGCACCGCUGAUCUCGGCGACGCUGCAGACACUGCUAAAGUUUCUCAACUGGAUUCCACUCGGGUACAUCUUCGAGACGAAGCUUAUUGACAUGUUGGUGUGUCGCUUUCUGACGAUACCGAUGUUCCGCAACAUCACGAUCAUGUGCCUAUCGGAGAUUGCGGGCCUACAGCUGGCGAGCUACGAUCACGUGUUCAUUGCCUUAUUCAAGCAAACCAUGGAACAGUUUGAUACGAUGAUUCCAUCAAACACGAACAUGAACCAGAUCUACAUGAAUGGGUCGGAUGACGAGCAGUGUUUCGUGCAGAACCUGGCUAUGUUCCUGUGCACAUUCCUUCGAGUACACGCGGCGCUAGUCGAGAAGCGGGAGACAAUAGAGGUAGUCCUGAAGGCACUCGACUAUCUGGUGAUGAUCUCCGAAGUAGAGGAUGUGGAAAUUUUCAAAAUCUGUUUAGAGUAUUGGAACAGCUUAACCGGUGAAUUGUACAAGGAAGCACACACCUCCAGCCAGCGUCGUACUUUGUACCACAAGAUCCUGUCGAAGGUGCGGUACAUUAUGAUUUCGCGCAUGGCCAAACCGGAGGAAGUGUUGGUGGUGGAGAACGAAAAUGGCGAAGUCGUGCGUGAGUUCAUGAAGGACACUAAUAGUAUUAAUUUGUACAAGAAUAUGCGCGAAACACUGGUCUACCUGACGCAUCUUGACUACGCUGAUACGGAGCGCAUCAUGACGGACAAGCUGAACAACCAGGUCAAUGGUAGCGAGUUCUCGUGGAAGAAUCUAAAUACGCUCUGUUGGGCGAUAGGUUCUAUCUCGGGUGCAUUCUUCGAGGAGGAUGAGAAACGCUUCCUGGUGACUGUUAUCAAGGAGCUGCUGGGGCUUUGUGAGCACAAGAAAGGUAAAGACAACAAGGCUAUCAUUGCGUCGAACAUCAUGUACGUGGUCGGACAGUAUCCCCGAUUUUUGCGGGCUCACUGGAAAUUCCUCAAGACAGUCGUGAACAAACUGUUCGAGUUCAUGCACGAAACACACGAUGGUGUACAGGAUAUGGCCUGUGAUACUUUUAUCAAGAUAGCGCUCAAAUGCCGCCGGCACUUUGUCCAGCUACAACCAAACGAAUCCUGUACGUUCAUCGAAGAAAUUCUGGCUACGAUGAGCAGCAUCAUCUGCGAUCUUCAACCGCAGCAGGUUCAUACUUUUUACGAAGCGGUUGGUUACAUGAUCUCUGCUCAGGCCGACCAGGUGCAGCAGGAUAUUCUGAUCGAAAAGUAUAUGAUGCUGCCGAAUCAGGUUUGGGACGACAUCAUCUCGCAAGCAACUAAGAAUGUAGACAUCCUAAAAGAUAUGGGCGCAGUGAAACAGCUUGGCAGCAUACUUAAAACGAAUGUACGUGCAUGCAAAGCUCUAGGCCACUCGUACGUGUCGCAGCUUGGGCGCAUCUAUCUCGACAUGUUGAACGUGUACAAAAUCAUGUCGGAGAACAUUACACAGGCAAUAUCGCUGAACGGAUUGUCUAUCAACAAUCAGCCACUGAUCAAGGCGAUGCAUGUCGUUAAGAAGGAAACGCUCACGCUCAUCUCCGAAUGGGUAUGGAAGUCGAACGAUGCGAAGAUGGUAAUGGAUAACUUCAUUCCACCGCUGCUGGAGGCAGUGCUGUUUGAUUAUCAGCGUACUAAGGUUCCAAAUGCGCGAGAACCGCUAGUGCUAAGCACAAUGGCAUCGAUAGUAAAUCGGCUACAGGCUGUCAUCACGCCGGAGAUACCAAAAAUCUUUGACGCUCUGUUUGAUUGUACGCUCGAUAUGAUCAACAAAAAUUUCGAAGACUACCCCCAGCAUCGUACGAAUUUUUACGAACUGCUCCAAGCGGUCAAUAUGUACUGCUUCAAAGCGUUCCUCAGCAUUCCGCCCGAACAAUUUAAGCUUGUGUUUGAUUCAAUCGUAUGGGCGUUCAAGCAUACGAUGCGAAAUGUAGCCGAUACCGGAUUGAACAUAUUGAUGCAGAUGCUGCAAAAUCUUGAACAGCACCCGCAAGCAGCGCAAAGCUUCUAUCAAACGUAUUACACCGACAUAUUGAUGCAGAUUUUCUCCGUCGUAACGGACACGUCACAUACGGCUAGUUUGCAAAAUCAUGCCACAAUAUUGGCGUACAUGUUCUCGCUGGUGGAGGCGGGUCGCAUCACGGUGAAGCUGGGCCCUUCGGACGACAACGUACUGAACAUUCAGGAGUAUGUGGCGAUGCUGCUUAAGUCCGCCUUUAGCCACUUGACUGGCAAUCAGAUCAAGAUUUUCGUCACCGGUCUGUUCAACCUGGAUCAGGAUGUGCACGCAUUUAAGGAGCAUUUACGAGAUUUCCUUAUCCAAAUUAAGGAAGUGACCGGAGAAGACGAUUCGGACUUGUACCUGGAAGAGCGGGAGAACGAGCUAAAAAAGAUACAGGAAGAAAAACGACGCAUGUUGAUGACGGUUCCAGGCAUGAUGAACCCACACGAAAUGCCGGAGGAUAUGCAGGACGAGUAGGUGGUUACCAACGAUUGGACAAUGGGAGGUACCAUCUACCGUCUCCCGUUUCUAUACCCCCAUCGUUAGUCCGUCUGCAGAACUUCAUUAUUUCUCAACGGUAUCAUGUAAACAACAGUACUGUUGCAUUAAGCGAAACGUUGCAGUAGGGUUAUCCUUUCCUUUUAGAGGAAAUUCGAAACACGUACAUAUGCGAAAUAGAGAGAAUUGUGAACAGAAUGAGUGCGUUCAUGCAAAAAGCCAGGAAGCAGUGACAACGUAGGUCGUCAAUGAGAAAACUAUAAUCUCUAGGAACCUAUCUACGCCGACGUCAUCAUACUACUGCGAUGGAACAGAGCAAAACACAAAACAUUAUAAGAUAGAGAGAGAGAGAGCAUGUGUGCGUGCGCGUAGUAUUUAAGAUUUUUUUUUUCUUUUUUUUCUGUGCAUUCGAUUGGAAGUAAAUUGGGAUUUGUGUCUAGUGCGCACCCAGCAACCAUCCACCGCACGGUUCAUAUUUGACAACAGCAGCAACAGUGCGUGUACUUGUACGUAGUUUCGUGUGCGAAUUUAAAGAAGGUGUGCGUAUGUGUGAGCGGAUUGUAAACAUCGCAAUUGAUGAUGAAUGCUUGUGUAAUAUUAGGGGAUUUUACACUGCAAGUAUACAGCACAUUUUGCCACUAAAGCAGUGCACGAUUGCCAGUGACUACUACUGCUAUACCUGCCUAGCAACUGCCUACGGCUGGAUAGUGACCAAGUGCAAACAGUGCUUCUUCUGGGUAAAUGUAAAACUAUUAUCUCAUGGAGUGCUAGUUUGGGGGAUAAACAUUGAAUGAAUGGAGUUACUUUGUUUUAAUUUUCUUUUUUCCUAAUAGCCGCCGCAUUUGUCGUAUUUGCUUUGAUCAUUGUAAAAACAUAAUCCUAAUAAUUAGUAUAAGUUUUUUUUUGUUUCUUUUCUUCGGCACUCUUGUUCGUACACACUAUCAAUUAAUCUGCCAUUUUUUGGGUUUUUUUUACAUUUUUUUUCAAUCGCUAAGUGAGAGAGGGAUUCCCAGCGUGCAAAUAUACCGUGGGAACAAUAAGGAACUAUGCAUCAGGUUGAACUUCUUCUGAUUGAAAUGUAUGCAAACGCCCACGAGAAUGGAAAACCCCAUUAAGUUGCUAGUUAAGUUUGUGAGAGUAACAAUGCAAUUAAGGGAACGGUUUGAUGAAACCUUCCUCUAAACGAUCUUAGAAAUUCGACAUGCACAUUCGAUAAAUAAUAAAAAAAAAUGACGCGUUAACUGCCUCGCAUUUGCCGAGGCCGUCAGAUUAACAGCAACGGAGCGAUCGUAUUGUAAAUAAAAGUGGGUAGAAAUGUUAACAAUCUACGCUCUGUGAUCCCGCUUUGGGGGGAUUCUAUGCAAAUCAUUUGAUUAUGUGUUACUUUUCUAACAACAAGUACAGCAUUGAAUUUUUCAUCCUUAAUCGCGCGACAUAAGUAGCAGGAGUAUGUGUAUGUUUUUGAAAGUGUCGCGCAAAUAAAUGGAAUACAGCGCAUAUUAUCACUAAAUGUUUUGACACCUUGCAGAAAUACUAAUUUUAGUGCACUUUUAGACAUAGGUUUUGUCAUACCUAAAUAACUGCAACCAGGAGCGAUUAGGAAUAGUAGUAUCAGAACAAAUCAUUCUGGCGGGCAGCUAUACAACGCACCCCGUUGCAUAUGAUGUAAAUUAUCUCGUUUAUCUUCUCCUUGUACCGCGUGUAAUUCACGAUACGUGAGCCUGAUACAGCGCAAAACAUGUGGUCUUGAUUGCAUUUCAACAUAAGGUUACAUGUGACCGGUUGCUAAUUAGAUGGAUAAACUCACAGUUUUAAAUUCAAUGGAACAACAAGCGUAGGUUUUACCCUUGGUCAACAAAAAACAAAACAAUCCUUAAUGGGAAACAUCGCAAACGCGGUUCAAGCAAAGGGUUCAUCAGAAUGUCCUUUCUCGGUUUCGUAAACGUUUCGAUCGUUAACAACUGUGGAACAAUUUUGUUAUGCUUUUACAAUGUCUCUCAGUGCAAAUCGAUGUGGUGACGCGCUCGGUGGUUAAAGUACAGGAUGCGGAAACAGCACACAGACACAGGUGGUACUUUAGUAGUAGAAGAAAACAUCUCCCCUUUUCGUAGACUGUAAGGAUGUUUAGUGUAGUUCCCCCGGGGUACAAACACAGUAGUACGUUUGUUGCGUGUACGUACGGUACGGAAAAGGCAACAAUUUUCAAUGUUUCGUUUGCGUGUACGUGGCGAUAAAAGCGAUGAGAUAGUAUGUGUGCGAGUGUGUGUGUGUGUGUGUGUGUGCUGUCUAACUAGAGAGAUGAUUAGUUUUUUUUCUUUGUUUCAUUUUAGUAACUAUUAAGCGAAGUUGCGUGAAUGUGUUUUUUCUUAACCUUUUUCUCUCAAUAGUGAAAAAAGUAGGAGAUGGCGGUCUGGUGCACGCUAUAACAUAACUCAAGCUCCCCACCCUCCCCCCCCCCCCCCCCCCCCCCCCCCCCCCCCAAAGAAAAGGAUAAGCAAAAGACGAACCAACACAAACUGAUACACAACCAUUUAGGUGAAACUAAAAACGAAUGAGAACAGAAUAAAAACAAAGCUGUGAGACGAUGCAGUUUUGUGUGCAUGGUUAGUAGAGGGGUGCUGCAGCAUAGAAACAGAACACAAAACAAUGCAUGAACGAACAUAUGUGUGUGUGUGUGCGCGUGCGUGUGUGUAUGUGUGCAAGAGAAGAGAAAGCGAAAGAUAGUAGUGGAAAAAAAACAUGAAAAAGAAACAAAAACAAAGAACAAAAAAUAGAGCAACAAAGCAGCAAAAUAAAACAACAAAAUACGACGAAACGAA